AUGGUUAACAGAGGCCGACCUUCCAGCGACUGCCUGCCGUGUAGGAAGCGCAAGCUGCGCUGCGAUCUCCGUCUUGAUGGCUGUGGGCAAUGUGCCCGCGCGGGUAUCACCUGCCUUGGCUACCGCACGCAGGAGGAACUUCGCUUCCGCGACCAGACGCAGUCCGUCAAGCACAAAGCCGAGCAGCGACGCCGUGCGCAAACGGCUACCUACCAGGAGCUCAAGGUGGAGAGCGAUGCCCUUCUCCUCCAAGCUGUCCACCCUGGCUGGGACGUACUCGCCAAGCAAGAUUUCUUUACCAACUUCGUCUUUGGCCUCGCCCGGAGUUAUGAUGCUCUUGGCAUGCUGAUCCAGGCGCCGAACCUGCCCGACCACCUUGUCGCGAGCGUCGACGCCGCAAGCCUCGCCUUUUUCGCGCUUCGCCAAUUCUCACCGCCAAGGGAUAUGAUGAAGCUCGCGACCGAGCGCUACAUCGCGGCGCUACACCUCGUCAACGCCGCGCUCGCAGACCCGGUCGCCUCGCUGGCUGACGUCACGCUGCAGUCGGUCCUCCUGCUUGACCUCUACGAGAAGCUCGUCAGCCGCAGGCGCGCCUCGCCCGAGUCUCGUAUGAGGCACAUGAACGGCGCCGUCUCGCUGAUUCGGGCGCGGGGGAAAGGCAACCUGCAAACUUAUGUCGGUCGCCGGCUGACGCAGCGGCUGUACACGACACUUGUCAUAAGCUGCGCCGUUUCGGGGAUGCGGAUACCGGAUGAGAUGGAGCGCCUGAGGGUUGAUCUGGGCCUAUAUUUUAAGGUUGAGGACGAUCCAAAGUGGGCUCUGACCACAUUGAACGAACAAAUCAUCAACUUUACCUCGGAUGUGCAAUCGGGCAAGAUAUCAUGUCAGGAUCAAAUACUCACGCAAGCCUCGGAGUUUCACCGAUUGAUUGGAAAAAUGGAAGAUGAAUUGCCAUCAUGCUGGACUCCCUUGCGGAUCUUUGUCGGCAACAAUACUCUGGGCCGGCGACUGACGCGGGCAGGCUCGUACGACGUCUACGAUAGCCUGUACUUUACCCAGGUCCGCAACGUAAUCCGUACGGCUCGGCUCAACUUGCUCCUGAUGAUUGAGCGGUACGCAGCUGCCAAAGAACCGGAUCUCGCCAUGUCUACACGGCGUUCCAUCGAGACAGACGCACAAGCGAUAUGCGACAGCCUCGCCCAGUACUUGGUGUCGCGCGACGAAAAAGGCGCCCUCGCGUGGGACCUGAUUUCUCCCAUGCAGCAGCUCGGCACCUAUACCGUUCUCUUCCCGCUCUAUCUGGCCACGCAAGCGUCCCGCGAUAUGCGUCUCCACGGGUGGGCGCAGGACGUGCUUGGUCUGGUGGCGGAUGUCGGCGGCCUUGCCAUGGCCCAGAGGACGACGGAAGCGUUGAAGCAAAACGCAGAGUUGUCCAGCUGGGAUGUUUACACCAUGCUGGGAAGUUAUGCCAUCGCCGCAUGA